GUAGCAUAGAUGGCGCUGGCAUUGUAGUCACACGUCUCCUGUCUACGCCCUCUAUCGUUUACGGGAUCUGUAGUUUAACAAUCGAAAAAUUGUAUUCCAAUGUGUCUUUCUGCGACCUUUGUAGAACUACCACUCCCUCAAUGCAUUGCUGUGGCUUCCACGGAACUUGAGUCUUAGUUGACGACGCAUCCCUAAACGAGCUGGAGUAAGCGGUUUUCAGGAAAGGACACAGGAUUUCAUGAUGACAGAGCGGGUCAACAACUUUCCCCCACUGCCUAAGUUCCUGAGAAUCAAGCCCUGCUUUUAUCAGAAUGUGGAGGAGGAGAUCCCAGCCCCGCACCGACAGCUGGUACGCCGGGUCUACAACCUCUGGAUGUUGUAUUCAGUCACACUGUGUGUGAACGUGGUGUCAUGCAUAGCUUGGUGGGCAGGGGGGGGAAGUGGAGCCAAUUUUGGCCUUUCCCUUCUCUGGCUUCUCCUCUUCAGUCCGUGCAGCUACACCUGCUGGUUUAGACCUCUCUACAAGGCCUUCCGGGCUGACAGUUCUUUCAACUUCAUGGCCUUCUUCUUCAUCUUCUUUCUGCAGUGUGUUCUCGCUCUCAUUCAAACUGUGGGCUUCUCUGGUUGGGGUGCUUGUGGUUGGAUCGCAACAGUGCCGUUUUUCAGAAACAACGUGGGUUCUGCUGUAGUCAUGCUAUUCUCGGCUCUGCUCUUCACUCUAGUGACUGUGUUAAUGGGACUGAUUCUCAUUAGGGUUCACAGGCUGUACCGUGGUGGAGGGGGCAGCUUUGAGCGUGCACAGGAAGAGUGGACCACUGGACUCUGGAAGAGCGCUCCCGUGAGAGAGGCCGGCUUCAAUGCUGUCACUGAAACUGGCCCAAGCCUUCCCCAAUACCCUGCUGAUGUGCCAAGCUACCCCGACAAUGGCCCCUGGUGAUACCCUAAGUGGACUCUAGAUGGAGACAGAGCACUUUCUCCAUGGCAGGCAGGCUGGAUGAACACUUGUCCAGCACACCAUACUAGAACAAUCUCACUUUUAACAAUAUGAAAUGCAGAGCUGGAAUUUUAAGAGAAUUAGCUGAUUUUAUUCAGCAGUACUUUAAGAUUGAUAGAGGCUACUAUUAUACUGUUUAUCUUUGAGGGAAAAGCAUAUCAUCCUUAUUGUUGAAAAGAUUUGAUGGAUAUUCAAAAUAUGAUCCAUUCCAUUGCACCUGUUUACAUUUAGUAUGUUCCACAAUAUGAAUCUGAUCCUUCAAGUAAAAAGGUAUCUUCUAAAAUGGUUUAUGUACCGUAGCAACAAUGAGACUAAGAAAAUUGCUACGUCAAAGGCUUGUGCCUUAUCUUUAAAAUAUGAGACAAAAGAAGCAAGGUGAUUCCAAAGUUGUCUUUGGAUUCAUUUUGGCAGCCAUAUUCAGUGAUCAAUUCUUGCCAAUUCAAGUUAUGACUGUACUCCAUGAAAUCAACUUAGCUUUGAUGCUACUGGACAUGAAUGAAGGAUCAGGGUUCUCCUCUUGCAGCUGUAGAUAUGAGAGUUUAUAUAGUGCACGGUUUUAAUUUAUCACUGCACCAAGUGUUUCUGGUUUAUACCUUCUUGAUCUGCUUUUGCCUUGUUUCUGAAAACUAAACCCGCCUUAAUCGUACUUGCAUGUAGAAAAUGGUUUGCCUGACUGUCGCCUUAAGUACUGCUACAUGUUUCAGUGUAACUGAGCCAAUGAGACAUUUACCACUGUAUUGCUUGAAGACUUCUCCAAGGAAUACUGUAUCCUUCUCAUUCAACCAGAGCCUUUUUCUCCCCCUCACUCAUCCUGUGUGGUGCACUGAGCUAUUUUAUUCUUGUUUGCUUUUGGUGGUCAGUGCCCUGUUGUGGCAGCACUCUUAAUGCUGCAUCACAACUCGUUCCAGACUGGAGCCUUGUUUACAAUAGGUCUGGCAGAGCGGCAGCCACUGAGUAUACAACUGAUAUAUAUUUCAUAUUCAAGUGUCCCUCUCCAGGGUAAACUGCCAUGAGGUUUAUUCAGAUUUUUUUUUUGCUUGUCUAAUGCUUGUCAUACUGAGAAUAUAUUCUUAAAUGCAUCAAAUGUGUUGCUGCAGUGACAAACCUAAAAAAUAUAUUUCAGACCUGA